ACCAGAGAAGCAGACAACCUUUCGCUUGCAACAUGAUAACGCUAGACCACAUACCAGUUGGGCGACCACCGCGCACGUUGGAAAGUGUGGCUACACUGUCCUACCACAUCCACCUUAUAGCCCCGAUUUAGCACCUUCAGACUUCCAUCUCUUUGGGCCUAUGAAAGAUGGACUACGCGGGCAACGUUUUCCAGACAAUUGCAGCUGUGAGAAAGUGGUUUGCCUCUGCUGGCGCGGACUUUUACGAGCACGGCAUACAGGCUCUUAUUCAUCGCUGGCAAAAGUGAAUAACGAAUGUUGGUGAUUACGUGGAAAAAUAACUCACAAAAUAACAGAAGAAGAAUGACAAGUGAGGAAGAGCGCCUUGCAAGAUUGAGAAGUACGUUGCAUUCCUUAGCAACUCGAGUCCCCAAAAUAAUUUUGGAACGAGUUGACUCAACAUUUGCUGUUCUGAAGACAAAAGCUAAUGUUGGAUUAAAUUCAACUAGUAUGGCAGGAACACAUUGCAUUGAGGAACUUCUUGGUGAACACCGUGCUGAACUCUCAGAGUUAAACAGCGAAGAAAACAUUAAUUCAUGCAGGAUUUGUAAGAAAUCAUUCUCUUGUAGCAAUAAUCUAUCGGGACACACAUAUGUAAGUAACAGAGAAAAAAUGUCUCUUUGUGAAAAGUGUGUGAAAUCGUUCAGUGAUAAGAGGAGUCCAUUGCAACGAUCUAGAUGUCAUGAAGGGGCUUUUUCAUGCAAUGUAUGCAAUAAGAGCUUCACUAGUCGCUGUGGUCGAGACGCUCAUAUCAGAGCGCACAUUGGAGAACGACCUUUUCAUUGCGAAGUGUGUAAGAAAAGGUUCGCUUGCCGCUCUACCCUAAACAUGCAUCUCAAAUUACACACUGGAGAAAAACCUUUUGUGUGUGAAGUGUGUAAGAGAAGUUUCGCUCGGCGUGAUUACCUACACAAGCAUCUCACGGUACACACUGGAGAACGACGAUUUUCAUGCGAAGUGUGUAAGAAAAGGUUCAAUCUUCGCUCUACACUGCUCAGUCAUCUGAGAAUACACAGUGGAGAACGACCCUUUUCAUGCGAAGUGUGUAGGAAAAAGUUUACUUGCCUCGCUGGCCUAACCAAUCACAUCAGAGUACACACUGUAGAACGACCUUUUAUAUGCAAAGUGUGUAAGAAAAGGUUCACUCUCCGCCAUUACCUACACUCACAUCUCAAAGUACACAGUGGAGAACGAUGUUUUUCAUGCGAAGUGUGUAAUAAACUAUUCCGUUAUCGCCAGAACCUAACUACUCAUCUGAGAAUACACAGUGGAGAACGGCCUUUUUCAUGCGAAGUGUGUAUGAAACUAUUCCGUUAUCACCAGAACCUAACUACUCAUCUGAGAAUACACAGUGGAGAACGGCCUUUUUCAUGCGAAGUGUGUAAGAAAAGGUUCACUCAGCGCACUCACUUACAAAAACAUCUCACAGUACACACUGAAGAGCGACGUUUGUAAUGCGAAGUGUGUAAGGAAAGGUUCACUCAGCGCUCUCGCCUACACCCGCAUCUGAGACUACACAGUGCAGAACGAUCUUUUUUAAAACAGAAAUAUAACCCGGUGUCACAGAAGACAUAUGAAAAUGUCAUAUUCUCAUAAUGUGUCCAAGAAAGCAUUCAAUUAUUCGGCAGUCAGAGUCAAUAGAUGUAGCCUGAAGUUUAAAGUUUUAUAAUCAUAUACAGGAGGUCCAAAAAAAA